CAAAUGAAAUAUUCAAGCCAUAGAACUUAGUUCACAGUGCAGAGCCGUCAGAAUUCGAAAGAAAUGCAGCAACGCAAUGAAGAAAACUUACAUCAGAAUUCGUUAAAUGAGCCUCUCUUAAGUCGACUGUUACAGCAAAAUGUAAAAGGUUUUCACAAAAUCACAAAUUGGAGGAACUCGCAGAGCUUUUCCUAUUCCAUAAGAAUCGAAAUUCAGUCAGAAGAUGGAAAAUUACGAACCGGUCAAUACGUUCUUAAGGCUUAUCCGACAGAGAAAUUAAUAAUCUCUGACACAUUAAGUAAAGAAUUUUAUGUGUAUACCGAGUUGAUUCCUGACUUUGAGAAACUCUAUGGUAAAGUUUUUAAAGAGGUUCAAUUUGCACAAACUGUGCAAUCUAUUACUCAGGGACUCAAUGAAAAGUCUAUAGCGGGAUGCAUCUUAUUGGAAGACGCACUUUCAAAAGGAUACCGGAAUGCCAGUAGCGCCGAAGGGCUCGAUGUUAAACACAUUGAAUUUGCUUUGAAAAAGCUAGCUGCCUUUCAUGCAGCAUCUGCAGUUUAUGUAUCCAAGCACCACGACGCUGUGUGUAGAAAACUUUUUCACAUUAACAAUUUUGCACGAAAUAAUGGAAAUUGUAUUAUCAAAGAAUGCGAUGUAUUACUAAAUCGUAAAUUCAUUGAAGGACUUCGAUUUUAUGACAUGCGGGAAUAUCAGGAUAAGAUAAGGUCUUUCACAAAAUCACUUGAUAGGCAAAAGCAGUUAUGCAUUACUGGUGAUGUCAACGAAUUCAAUGUUCUGUUGCAUGGCAAUUGUUGGCCAAACAAUUUCCUCUAUAGCUACGACGCUUUUGGUAAAAUAAAGGAGGUACUACUCACUAACUUCACAAACUGUGAGUGGGGCUCGCCAGCCAUUGAUUUGCUCGCGUUGCUCCUAUCAGCGUCUUGCUUGUCAAUUAAGAUAAGCAAGUUCGAUUAUUUCGUUAAGGUGUAUCACGAUGAGUUGUGCCUCAACUUGAAGAUAUUGGCGUAUAACAAAAACUCACCAAAAUUAACGGAUCUACAUCUAGCCAUUUCAAAAUACUACUGGUGGGGUUUUGAAGUGAUCCAAAAAAUACUGCCAACUGUGAUGCUGUCAUUUGGCGUCAGCGAGUUCCACAUAAAUGAGAAACUAAUACGUAACCAUGAGUUAAAUACGCAGUUUAUCAAUGAAGCUUAUGCGAAUCCACGAUAUGCUAAGGAAAUUGCUGUGAUUUUGCCUUGGAUGGAAAAUAGGGGUUUCCUCGAGGAAUAACAGUCCUUCAAAUUAUAUUCUUCUCGAUUUUCCUUUUCUGACAACCCGUCGCAAGCGAAAUAGAAAUAUACAAACAGAGAGUAAACAUUCAAGCAGAAAUUAAACAAAAACUCUAAUAUUUUGUUUUGUCUAGUUGUUUGAUUGUAUUUAAAAAAUAAAAUGUGGAAGUGUACUUAAUUUUCUAGGUUUCGCCACAUCUAAAUUUUUGUAAAAUAGUCGUUUAUUUGCGCUUAGCGUUUUUUCCUAUUGGCAAACACCAAACUGCUGCUAAAUUAUUAAGAGAAUUAUGUGUUAGGUAUGAGAAUAAAGUUCGUAAAGAUAAAAGCUAUGAUCAGGAUGGGCAAAGACCAGGCAUGGGCAAACUCUUAGCAUGUGUUAAAAGAGAUUAUGUGAUCAUAUAAGUGCUGAACACAUAGAAGACGACAAGCGACGAGCGACAUCUGUCAAAUAUUAAAAUACACGCGUUCUUAUGGGCACAGAUUUUUUGACAACAGCACGACUUCACGACAAAAGGGUUGAAGUCUUCGCUGUCCCCAAAUUAGAAAUGUUUCUAAUUUUGCCGACGACCAUGGCCGCUGUAGAGCUGCCACUAAUAAGUGAAAUGUAAAAUUAUUCAAAGUUCUAAUAAGUAUGACGUUAUUUUGCCAGCAGAAACCUAAAAUAACUUUGAUAUAUCAUUUAUAAUAACAAUCGAUUAUUUAAAACAAAUAAAUCGACCAUUUUUACAUUUUUUGCACAAAUAAUU